AUGAUUCAGGGCAUAUUCUAUGCAAGAUUCCUGCCACAGGAAGGGACCAGGAUCGUUGCCCAAAGCCCUCCUGGCUGCAUCGUCCCAGUAGACGGCGUGGAUAAGCCGUGCCUCUUCGACUUCAACGUGCUGCAAGAAUACAUCAUUCCGCGCAAGGCCUUUUACAACCGCUACAUCACAGUCAAUGAUCCGGAGGACAAGUACACCGUGCUAGGCUUCCCGGUCUCCAUUCCCCAUCACAAGUAUCAGCGCAAUGAGUUUCUCUUCAAUUUUGGCCUGGUCGUCGAGUCCGAUGUCGACCAAAUUCCCUAUGAACGCGUGGUCCGGCGGCUUGCUGUCACGUUUGCCGAGAUGGAGAAGCAAAACGAGUAUCUCAGCCAGGACCAGCGCAAUAUGAACAAUGAAGCAAGACGGCCGAUUGAGUCGCUGCUCGAGAUCAUCAAGGAGGAUCUCAAUAACUAUGGAGAAUGCAUGAUCCCCGUUGAUGAUGCUAACACCAUCAACAUGAAAUUGUUUCCUCAUCAUAAAACUCCACCGGAGGUCAAAGGGUGGCAUGUGCCCGUCGCCAAGAUGAAGUUCUCCGAAGUCGUCGACCCAACUUGGGACCUCACGAUGCAGAAAGUCAUCGCCCAAAUCGAUGGCGUUACAGAUGUCCGACGCAUUGCCCACCAGGCAGACAUGUCCCUUGAGCUAACCCAGAUCGCCCUUCGCCACCUACUCUACUACGACACCAUCCUCCUACUCGACAUGUUCUUCUUCGGGGCAUGCUACGCGCCGCGGCCGGGGAUCCGUGACUUUGUGACCAACGCGAAUGGCAUCGUCGACGAGUGCGCCAAUUACGUGUGCAUCCACAGCGGCCAGCGCGUGAGCAACUACCAGCUGAUCAAGCUGAUGAUGUCCUUCUGCGUGGGGCGCACCGUCAUGGAGUGGCUCAAGGGCCAUAUGGACUCUGGGUUCGAAGUGCUGCGCUACGUAGACGUGCGGCGGCUCGUGCAGUUCGGCGUCAUCAAAGGGCUGCUGUAUCGCGUCCAGAAGUACGUCGUUUCGAAGCAGUAUCUCGCAGCGCUAGCCACAGGACAGGCACUGCCUAAGGCGGGAGGGGACCCGUUGCAGAAAUAUACUGACGGCCUACACAACUUUGACCAAAUCAUCACCGAGCAAAACUUGACAGAUGCUGAGAUCAUGGAGAAGCUAAAGAACUUCCCUGGACCUACAGGGGAUCUGACUGUAUUCUAUAGUUGA